UUUCUAAGCUUUGACAAAGUUGUAUCGUAAUUUUGCAAUAGCUUUGGAUUAGAGUAACAGGGAGUUGAGAGCAAAUUUUAGCUCUUAAAAUGGAUCAGAAUGAAUGUCUAUCACAAAGCAAAGUCCAGGUUGGUGAUCAAAUUUCCUAGUUCAUACUCCCUCUGUCCCAUUUUAUAUGAUGUUUAUUCUUUUUUGGGACGUCCCAAAAAGAAUGAACCUAUUAUACUCACUAUUUUUGAACACUACUUUACACUAUUACACCCACUACUUUCUUCUACUAUCUCCAUUAUAUAAUAAUAUAAACACUAUUACACCCACUAUUUUCCUUCACUAUCUCAAAUCCAUUAUUAAACAUUGAUAGGUCCCACCACCUUACACACUUUUCAACUAAACUUACUAUCUUUUUCUUAAUCUCCGUGAAAGUCAAACCAGCUCAUACAUUUUGGGACGGAGGGAGUAUAUAUGUUAAUGGCUUAUCAAUUUGAGCAGGAUCUUCUUCAUAUUUCAUGAUGGCACUUUCAACAUUUGAACUAAGAUACCAAAUUUAUACCACCGGACAAAAGUACUGGUGCACGUUCAAUGUUUUACUACUGAUGAUUAAAGCAAGAGCCCUACGCACUACAUGGAAUUUAUUCUAUCAACUUUAAAUUAUUGUAUGUGAUUCUGCCAAGUAGCAAUUGGCUAAUUUUUACAAUUAUUCGGCUGUGAAAACGUCUGGAUCCUCUUUCACUACUAAACCCAAACCAAUUUACAUCCUCGUGACCAUAAGGACCUACAUUCAAAUUACGUGAAAAAAGUCAAAACGACACUCAUUUUGGGACAGAAGCUUGACAAGAAAAAUAAUGGAGCCCAUUAUAGGUACCCUCCAUGUUAAAUAUAUAUAUAUAUUGAAAAACAGUAUGCUGAGUUAAAAGUUAUUAUAUACUCCUACUUAAAUACAAUAAUAACUCUAACUAGGCAUCUAAAACUUUUAUAGAUUAUAUAUAAUAACUCAAAAUUUAAGAAUCUAAACUUAUUUCGUUACAGAAGUAGUCCAUUUCUGUUUCUUGAUCACACCUACAUUUUCGGAAGUAGCUGCUGGGGUGACAAUUUCGGGUAACGGGUCGUGUUCGUGUCAGUAAUCGGGUCGAUUUCGGGUCAAGCUAAAAUCACUCAAAAUUGAAUAAAACUGAAAAUUAAAGUUAUUAGAAAUGAAGUUCUAAUUUCGGGUCAUUUCGGCUCAAUCGGGUGAUUUUCGGGUUUCUGUCUCUGUACAUUCGAUAAAUAUCACUAUUUCCUUGAAAAUGUUGAAAAUUAUUUAUGCUAAACAAGCAGAACAUGUAUGUUUUGCAACAUCAACAAAUGCUCAGCAUACUAAACAUGAUUUUGUAAAAUAAUAUGUUUUUUAGUGUUUUAUAUGCCAAAUGUAUAAAAUUUGCAAGAUUGUCAAUAAAAUAAUGAUCUUUGUAGAACAUGAUUCGAAAAAUAAUACUUUUUGCAAUGUUUUUAUGGAGUAUUUUAGUUGCAGUACAUAAGUGGUCUCCAAGUCUUCAAUGAAAACGUGGUCUUCAUGGAACUUAUCCCAUUUGGACGAAGAUUUAGACCACUGUUGAGAAGGUUUAGGCCGAAACUGACCCAAAUUUGGACCUUUAGCCACUGUUAUUUCAACAACAGCGCCUUAAAAUUAACUUUUUAGUUUUUACUGAUAAAUCAAGUAAUAUUGAUUUUGAAAAGUCCAAAAAGUAUGAUUCCAGUAACAAAGCUAGUUCAAGUGACUGCAUCUUAAAAUACAGCAAGCUUUUAUAUAUAGAGACAGGGGAUGCAGUUUCUUCUAUUAAUUCUUCUAUACAUAAAUAUAUAAGAACAUAUAGUAGGUAUGGAUCUGGCUAGUACUAUAGUGUUUUAUAUAGAUGCUGAAUUGGAGAUGGACGCUGAUAGAGUCGACGAAGAUGGGGAAACAAUCCUUCACAUUGCAUCUCGAAAUGGAAACACAGAACGUGUGCGUUUCAUUCUCAGGGAGUUUGCAAACAAAAAUCUUCUGGUCAAGCUUAGUCAUUAUAAACAUACAGCACUUCACAUGGCUAUAUACGAGGGACACACUGAAGUGGCUGAGAUCCUCAUUGAUGCAGCUCGACAUUUGCCUCCUCCUGCAGAUGAUAAUGAUAAAUCAGUUACUUCUUUUCAAGCUUUCCUUAGACAGGGCGAUAAAGAUAUGGACACCGCCUUACAUGCCGCAGUCAUGGAAGGAAAUGUCAGUAUUGUUAAGCUACUAGUAGAGGCGGAUCCAAGUGAUACACAUAUCCAAAACAAUGAUGGUAAAACACCAAUGUACAUAGCUGUGGAAAAAGGGCUCAACGAUAUAGCAGAUAUAAUCUCUACAACUUGCAUUACUCCAUCUUUGGACGGACCUCAUGGGAGUACUGUUGUGUGUAUUAAGAAUCUCGACCAAGGUAAGAGCCCAGGGGGAACAUUAUACAAAAUUAUGGACAGAUACGCUUUGUAUGUGGCAGCCAUUGAAGGAGAUGCUGAUGCCAUUCAUAAUUUGGAGAUGCGAGCUAAUAUGCUCAACCGAGGUGAAGAAACUAUCCUUCACGGUGAAUCUCAAAAUAAAUAUGCAGAACGUGUGCGAGUUAUUUUGAGGGAGUUUGCAAAAAAAAAUCUUUUGGCCACGCUGACUGCAGAGAAACAAACUGCACUUCACUUGGCAGCAAUAAAUGGACACACCGAAUUGGCUGAGAUCCUUAUCGAUGCAGCUAGACAUUUGCCUACUUCUUUUCAAGCGUUUCUCAGGAAAGCUGAUAAAUUGUUGAACACUGCCUUACAUAGAGCAGUUAUGGAAGGUCACCCUUCUAUUGUUAAGCUUUUAGUAGAGGCCGACCCGACUGAUACACAUCUUCAAAAUGAUGAAGGCAAAACUCCAAUGUACAUUGCUGUGGAGAAAGAGCUCAAUGAUAAUUUCGACAACGUGCAAAGCUCCAAAAAAAAUAUUGUAUCAGAUAACCAUUGUAUGGUGGAUAUAAUUUCGACAACUUGCAAAGCUCCAUCUUUGGACGGACCUGAUGGUAGUACUGUUAUGCGUAACACGAAUCUCGGACAAGCUAAGAGCCCCGGUGGAGGCCUCUAUAGAAUUAUGGAUAAAGAUGCACUGUAUGCAGCUGCCAUUGCCGGAAAUGCUGAUGCCAUAUCUAUAUUGGAGAUGCAAGCCGAUAGACUCGACCGUAAUGGAAAAACUAUCCUUCAUGUUGAAUCUGGUGAUGGAAAGACAGAACACGUGGCAUUUAUUUUGAAGGAGUUUGCACCCAAAAACCUUCUGGUCAGGCUAGAUAAUCAACAAGUGACUGCACUUAUGUUGGCUGCAUACUAUGGACACGCUGAAGUGGUUAACCUCCUCAUUGAUGCAGCUAGACAUUUGCCACCACCAUCUUCAGCUGAUGAUAAUCCAAUAACUUCUUUUCAAGCUUUUCUUAGGCAUGCUAAUCAAGAAUCGGAGACUGCCCUACAUGCAGCAGUUAAGAAAGGUCACGUGGAUAUUGCUAAGAUAUUAGUAGAGGCGGACCCAAAUGAUAAACAUAUUCAGAACAAAUAUGGUAAAACUCCGAUCUACAUGGCUGCAAAGAAUGGCUACCACCAAAUAGUUAAGCUGAUAUGUAAAACUUGCACUGCUCCCCCUGAUUUAGAUGGUCCAGCUGGUAGUACGACUGUUUUACAUGUUGCUAUAAAGAAUCUCAAUAAAGCGAAAAAAGAAGACAGAGAUGUGAUUGGACGAAUCAUUGAAUCCGUCAAAGGUGUACGUGAUCAUCAGGGCAAAUAUGGAAGAGAUGAAAGAUUAAUUAAUUUCUUUAACAGAACUGAUCAGAAGAAAUGCAUGGUUUUGGAACUAGCCGUAGAAGGAAAUUAUUUGGACGUGGUUAAAUUGAUAUUUGAAGAAAAUCCAGUGUAUCGCCUUCGUAAGCCCCGACAUCGUGAUUUGAUUGGUAUAAAACCUCUAGUUUACAAAGCCAUGGAUAAAGAGUACAAUGAGAUGGUCAACUUACUCACUGAAACAUAUGAAAGAUUAAUCAGAGAAGCAAACGAAAGAAGAGUUCAAACUAAUGCUGCUCUUAAUCUUGAGUUCGCGAUUAUGUCCCAGUUGAUCCAUGCUAUCAGUAUCCGUCUGGAAGACUUCGCUAUGAUGGUGUUGCAUGGAUGGCGUCGUGCAAAAUUUGAAUUUGUUGACAAUAUGGGAUGGACAGUACUUCACCAUGCAACAUAUUAUGAAUUUAAUUCAAUUCUUGACUACAUAGUAAGAGUGCAACAAGAACUUGAACAUCCAUUUUCGUAUCAAGACAUGAUAUCAACACCAUUUCAUGUAGCAGCACAAAAGGGAUAUACUUCUACGGUAAAACUUCUUCUCGAUAAAUGGCCGUCUACAUCUCAAGCAUAUACUGCUGUUGAUAAAAAUGGACAAAAUAUAUUACAUUUAGCAGCAUUGCAGAGCAACAAAGAGAUAAUUCAAUGUAGUAUAAAAAAAUGUCCAGAAGAGUAUAAGAAGAAAUUUAUAAAUGAGAUGGAUAAUAAUGGUGAUACGCCACUUCAUAUACUUAUCUUGCGUGGUUGCUUCGUUCCCGAACUCUUAAGAUAUGAAGGAAUCGAUAUGACCAUAAAAAACAAGAAAAGAUGGACUCCUGCAGAUAUGUUGUAUUUUGAAGACCAAAUUGCCGAUGAUCAGGUACAAAUCAAAAUUGCACUUGAUGGUAUCCAAACUGAUGGAAAAAUUGAUAUUUUUUCAAGUUCAGUCCUUCCAAGUAAACGGAUGAGAAAAGAUGAGAUUCUUAAAAAAGAAACACAAUCGAAGACGCAUGAAAAGUAUGCAGGGAUGAAAGAAGAUCCUGAUGCUAUUGCCAGUUGUUUUGCCGAUGCCAUUGCGGGAGAUGCUAUUUCCAAAGCUGCAUUAAAGAUGAAAGUAGAUAAAGUGAAUGAAUUGGGAGAAACUAUCCUUCAUGUUGAAUCAAAGAAGGGAGAUAUAGACAAUGUGCAAUUCAUUGUGAGUUCGUUUGCUAAGAAAAACCUUUUGGACAAGCUGGAUAGAUCAAAUCAAACUGCACUUCACCUUGCAGCACAACAUGGACACACUCAAGUGGUUGAAGCUCUGGUUCAUGCCGCUAAGAAAUUGUUUUGUUCAGCUAAUGAUGAUGCCAAUAUUCCAGUCAGUUCUUUUCAGAAUUUUGUUAGGCAAGCUAAUGUUCCAGACAAGAACACCACUUUACACCUAGCAGUCCUCAAUAAUAAUGUGGCAAUUGUUAAGCUCUUAGUAGAGGCGGAUCCAUAUGAUGACCAUGUUCAAAACAAUGUAGGCAAAACUCCAAUCUACAUAGCAUCCGAAAAUGGGUACAAAGAUAUAGUAAGAGAGAUCUGUAGCACUUGCAAUGCUCUGUCUAUAGAUGGUCCGGAUGGUACGACUGCUUUGCAUGCUCUUAUUCAGAAUAUAGGCCCAGUGACAGAAGGAGAGAGCGAUGUGAUUGGGAUGAUGGUUCAUGCAGCCAAACGCUGGAGUAGUGAACAGAAUGCAUCAGCCGUAGAUUUUGAAGAAAUAUUUAGGAGAACAGACAAGUCAGGAAGAACUGUCUUACAACUUGCGGUGGAGAGAAAUGAUGUGGAUGCUGUUAGACUCAUCCUAAAAGAAGAUCCGGCCAAUCAACUUGGUCGUGAUAUUAAAAGAAAUGGUCUCAUGCGUUUGAUCAGCAAUGCCAUUGAUAACGGGUAUAGUGAUGAUAUUAUCAAAUCACUGUCUGAAACAUACAAAGCUGGAAUAACAGACCCAGAUUAUAAAGAGGCACUUGCUUUGAUUCUUGCUAUUCAAAAGCUUGAUAAAGACUCUGUAUUAAGUCUCUUGAGAAAGGCCAAAAAACUUGUAAGUUUUACCGAAGAUAAUGGUUGGACACCACUUCACUAUGCAGUAUACUGCGAAUUUGAUUCGAUACUCGAUGCCAUAAUAAAAGCGCAAAAAGAGGUGGGAUACUCAUUUGUGUACAGAAAUAUGGAAUCUACACCAUUUUAUGUAGCAGUGAGACAUGGAUAUACUUCUACGUUGGUACGACUUCUGGAAUCAUGGCCAGCUUUGUCUUCUGCUGCUGAAUCUCCAUACACAAUUGUUACUGAAGAUGGUAAAAAUAUACUGCAUUUGGCAGCUGCUGCUGAUGCUGCUGAAAAUAAAAAAGCUUUUGCUGAUAAUGCUGAUACUAGAAAAGCUGCUGCCGAUAAUAGAAAAGAGAUGGUACAAGGUAUAUUGAAAUAUUGUCCUAAGAAGUACAAGGACAUGAUUUUGAAACAACAGGAUUGCAAUGGCAAUACUCCUCUCCAUCUACUUUUCUGGCAUGGUUGUUCUAUUCCUGAGCUAACAAAACAUCAAGGACUUGAUACAAUGAGAAAAAACAAGAAAGAAUUUACUCCCCUGGACAUGCUGUAUGUUAAAGACGAUAUUGUUGCUGAUCAGGUGCAUAUCAAAAUUGCACUUGAUGAUGUCCAGAAUGAUCAAUCAAUUUUGAAGCUUUGGGAUAAAAAAAGUGAGAAGAAAAAGGAUAUUUGGGAAUGUAACAAAACCACCCCAAGUAAACGAAGGAAAAAAGAUGUGAAAUUUGACGUAGAGAAAAAUAAAUUGAAGGAGAAAAAGCACGCCGAGAGGAAAAAAGAUCGGGAAAGAUAUAAAAUGAGGACCAACACCCAAAUAUUAGUUACGGCAUUGAUAACUACAGUAACUUUUACUGUAGGAUUUACGAUGCCGGGUGGUCUCCAUCAAAGUGGAGAGGCUGAUGAAGGACAGGUAAUUCUGUCUAGAAAGGGAGCGUUUAAUGUAUUCAUGGUAUCAGAUGCCUUAGCUCUACUGAUGUCAACAUCUUCAUUAUUUUUCUACUUCCUUGAAUCAAUGAAUGAAGAUCUACACCAGGUGUCACUGCUCAAUGCGUCAUCCACUGUGCUCAACAUUCUUUCUAUUGGGACGAUGAUGUUGACUUUUAUCGCAGGAACGUAUGUGGUCUUAUCCGACACACCAGUUCUGGCUAUAGCCAUUUGUAUCACUGGUUCUCUCUUCUUUUCUCUUAUUCUUCUGUGGAUCAUCAAGAUAGCAUAUGAUCGUUGCGUAAAAAAGAACAAAGAUUGAGUAUGCAUGUCACUAUUUUCAUAUGUUCUAAUAAAAUUUACAAUUUGUAUGAUGUAUUGUAUACGACUCCACAAUCAAGUGAUGGGCAAUGGUGUAGUACAUUUGUACC